AUGUUUAACCAAAAUUUUAAAGGAAGGAGAAGAGCAACAAGAAACAAAACGAUAGUGGUGGAAUCAAGAGAUCUCCAAGACAGCAGCUGCCAGAAAAGUAAUGCCACAGAUUGCGACUUUUUUAAGGAGGCUAUGGCCCUGGAUGUAUCUAAAUCAUCCGAGAAUCUCAAAAUGGAGCCCAAGCAGCCAGAAACUCCAACUAGAAAGUCUGAUGUUAUUGAGUCCAGGACAUUUGUAUUUACAGAACUCAUGAAUGCCUUUCAAACAAUUGAGAAGCGAGCAUUCGAAGACUUCCAUGUAAUCAAAGCUGCCUUAAAGAGAUUCAAAGUCAAUGAUGAAUCAGUGGUUGAAAAUGCCAUAGAAGAUAAGGAAAUGAAAGUUCAGGCAGAGAUAUUUCCCAGAAUAAUGAACAACCCAUUCUUAAGAAACGAUCUUAAAGUCCCAACUGAUAAAAUAGAAGAGGAUGCCAGAUCCAAUAGAUUUUACAGCAAGAGAUUUGGAUAA